CCGACCGCCAAAAGUCGCCUCAAGAUCAACGUCAGCCAUGGCUAGAAACAACCUCCGUCGCGGCCUCAACCACGGCCACCCCACCACCCCCAUCGAAAAGACCGUGCGUCCCAGCCAGCGCAAGGGCAUCCAGUCCACCAAAACCAAGUUCGUGCGCUCGGUCGUCCGGGAGGUCGUUGGAUUCUCGCCAUAUGAGCGUCGGGUCAUGGAGCUGUUGAGGAACUCGAAGGAUAAGAAGGCCCGUAAGCUCACUAAGAAGCGGCUCGGGACGCUCCUUCGCUCCAAGCGCAAGCUUGAGGAGCUCAGCACCAUCAUCCAGGAGAGCAGGAGGGCAGGCCACUAAAUUCAAUCUCCCCCUGCAUCUUCUGUCUUGUUUCCACCGCUUUCUCGUCAUUUCGUCGGCUUUUUGAAGAUGGGCUAUGCACCACGAUAUGUACCACUAUGCCUCUCCGAAUGCCACCCCAUGCGCUCCUUUCAUGGCCCUCUCUUUUGCAUCUUGCUGCAUGUUCGGGUCGUGCGUCUUUCUUCAAAUGGAAUUUGGCCUGGUCGAGC